GAGUUAGUGGGGGGAAGGCAGAGCUGCUGCCCACUGUAGGCCUCCAGGAUGAGUUGUGGUGGCCAGGGGCAUUGGCCCCUCCUUGGCUUGACCUCUGUGGUCCUGAUUCUGUGUUUCCAUCUAUCAGGUGUGGCCUCCAGAUGUAUUGACAUGGCACUUGGGCAAGACCUACAGCCGCUGCCUCCAGGCGUGCAACGCUGCUCUUUGCCCAGAGGGCUCCUUCAGCCCAAUGUCCCACCACAACAAACAAAAAGCAACGAGGUGGGAGAGAGCCGUGUUGUGGGUGGAAGUCCUGCCACUUCGGGGGGACAAGGAGGCGGCUCUUUUGCAUACCCUCCCGGUGCACAAGGAGGAAACCCACCCAACUUUGGCAGGCCAGACGGACCCUGGCCAUUUGGUACACCCGGGAGGCCUGCGUUUGGUGGCGUCUCUGGCCAAUACGGCAGACCGAGUGGACCUGGACAAUAUGAGGGUCCUGCAAAUUAUGGUAGGCCAGAUAGACCUGGCCCGUAUGAUGGGCAAUAUGGGGACAAUAUGAAUCGCCCACGGGUAGAGAUGGUGCCUCCUCGCAUCCCCUACAUACCAUCUCCUCGAGAGUGGGGUGGUGGCCGCAUCCCAGUACCGAAGGACAGCCCUAUGUAUGGCAGCCCUCCUUAUAGUGGUGGAGCAGGUGGCCAAUACCCACCGAUCUAUGGUGGUGAUUCUGCGAUGAGGGGCAGGUAUGAUGGCAGUUAUGGCCCCAUACCCUACGACCUGCAGCCACGUGGACAGGAAUCCACCAAAGGCAGUAGUGAUCCUUGCACACCAGAAUGUCAAGAUAAAGGCAGCCAGACCUAGACUCUGGGCACUUGGGGUGAGCUGGAUAGAACCGCAUGACUCUGCUUCCGGUCUCCAGUGAGGGAAUACUGGGCAAUGAAAAAUGCAAAUGGUAAUUACAUUCCUUUGGGAGGGGAUAUGAUACACUAUUUAGUGUCGCGUUUUCUUAAAAUUUGUAAACCCUUGCCUACCUUUCUAUCUACACCGAACACUUACAAAUUCAUUUCAGAGCUGUUGAAGGCUUACAAUUCCUAACCAAAUGUUCCUGCAAAUUGUAGUUUGGCAAAGGGAUUAGGAUAGCUAAUCAAAAUUCCAUCAUCCCCUCACAAAACUGCAGCUUCCAGGAUCCAUGGCGGUUAAUACAAUUUCACGUUGUUGUUGCUAGCUAUGUUCUUACCAAAUCUAUAUUGUGGUUGGGGUUGUUCACUGACUGGUGGGGACUGUAUAUCACAACCGAUCUCCAAAUUACUGCUUUGAAUUGUGGACGAUAUGGCAUUGUACCCCGUUGAAGCCUCCCCGCUCCUCAAACUCUACCCGCCCCAAGGCUCUACCCCAGAAUGUUGAGGAAUUUCCAGACCUGGAGUUGGCAACCCUACACUAGAGACCAAUACUGGCCUUUUCCUCACUUACCUUUGACCACCCUUUGCUGCGUGCUGCUCUCAGCGCGUAGCAUCUC